AUGGAUAUCUCGCAGAUUCAGGCCUUCGCACAGGGCAUAAAGGAUCGCCGACAUCUACAGCCAUCUAGACCUCCACCACAGCAGUUCCAGGGUAGUAGAUUUGAUCAUCAGGAACAGUCAGACUCAGGUGAGGGUUCACGAGCAUCAGGCUUGCAGCAGCAGAGGGGUUCAAGCCAGGCUAGGACAUCCCCGCCGCGUUGCAUUACUUGCGGUAAAAUGCAUUUCGGGAGGUGCAGACAGGGUUCCACAAGUUGUUAUUCUUGUGGACAGGAGGGGCAUGGGUGGAGAAACUGCCCUACCAUAGGUCAGAGUGGUACAGGUCAGUCGACCAUGUCAGUAGUAGGUUCCUCCUCAUCAGCACAGUCUACAGGGUGUGGACCCCAUACAUCAGCACGUAGGGGUAGAGGCGGAGGAAGAGAGGGAGCAUCUAGUUCUGGUAGUGGACAGAACCAUCCUGGAUCUACUUUGUCUUAUUGCGGGGAGGAGAGUCUAUCGAGGUUGCACGGUAAAAAUUAUCAACCGUCAGACCUCUGUAGACCUGGUAGAAUUAGAGAUGGUUGA